UUAAGUCACACAUAUAGUUACACUCUCAGUCACUUAUACAACCCAGCUUUUCUGCAACUCUCUCGCACAAAAAGCUCCAAAGUUCAGUCGAAGCUCCCUCCUAGCGGGGAGGAUUUUUUUAAUACACUCACAGGGCUCAUUGAAAGACUUAUAAUGCAGUGGGCUGCUUCUUGGCUUUGCAUUGCAGCGCCUUUGUUUUUGCUCUGCUUUGCUCCAAGUUGUCCCUCUGCUCAGAAAUAUCCAAAGUGUUGGCAUGACAGACGCACUCAGAUCCGUCAGAAGCAGCACAGCAGGAAAACGUUCUGUGAUCCUUCCUUCAGCAACCAGACAGCAGGUGCUGUCACUCAGAAGUGCAGCUCUGGCUUCUACAGAGAGUGGGCCGGACCGAACAGGGGCCAGUGUGUGCCAUGCAGCUGCAACGGGCUCUCCGAUGAGUGUGAUGAGCGUACAGGGAACUGUGUGAAAUGUCAGUUCGACACUGCAGGAAAUCGCUGUGAACGUUGCAAGGAGGGUUAUUUUGAAGAUCCAGUGAACAGAACCUGUCGUGCCUGUCCAUGUCCCUUUACAGAGAACAAUUUUGCACUGGCCUGCCUCGAUGUUGGCUCAGGAGUGGUGGAAUGUUUGUGUAAACAUGGUUACAGUGGAGUCAGAUGUGAGAGAUGUGCAUUUGGUUAUUAUGGCAAUCCCAUGGUGCAUGGGGGCAUGUGCAAGCCCUGCAACUGCAAGAAGAAUGGUUUGAACAUGUGUGAUUCUCUGACUGGAGAGUGCAUCACAUCGGGUAAUAGUAACUGUGGGGAUCACUGUCAUGCAGAGUGUGACAGCUGUACUUACACUUUGCUGGUGGACUCGGAGAAGAUGGAUGAUGAUCUGGUUUGUCGCCUCUUUUUCCAGUCAGGAUCCUUUAUGAACGCCAUGCGGUAA